GUGUGUUUAUUUCAUGACAAACGCCCACUCGUUUGUACUUUGUACAAUUGAGUUACACAACAAGUCUAACAUUAUAAUUUCAAAAUAUUGGAAUUAAUUAAACCACUAUUUUAUAAUUUUGUGAAAAACAAAGUAUGGCAAUGACAAAAUCACUAAUUGAUACAACUGUUGCUGGUAAAGAAAAUUCAGAUGAACAGACCAUUUUAAAGAAAUUAUUCAAGAUGAUAUUUAAUCUACCUCAAACGGUGUCAUCCACUGAGGCUGUGAUUGAUAUAAUUAAUACUACACAAGAACAAGUUAUUAAAAAAGGCAUGAUUGAUCCUGAAUCGCAAAAAUCUUUAAUCAGUUUCUAUGAAUCAGCUGAUAUAGAAACUGCUAGAGAAGAAGAAAUAAUUAGAAGUAUUUUGGAAAUAAUACGUGAAAUUCGAAACAUACGUCAUCAAAAUAUCAAAUCACUUCUGCAGUCUCAAAGAAGUUCGACAUUCCUUAAAUUAUUACAAGUAACAGCGACGCGGAUGCCAGUGUGGCAUCCAAGGCAUGACGAACAACCACCUCCAUUGUGUGGUGCUAUUGAGCCACUUCCUUCAUAUGUUGCAAAAAGUGGGGAUUUGGUGGCAGCGCUUGUUAAACAAUCUGGAGAAGAGCGAUGGAUUGUGGCAGAAGCAGUUGCAUUUAAAAAUGGAAGAUAUGAAGUGGAAGAUAUUGAUGUAAAAGAAACUAACCGUAAUUUCACAUUAGAAAAAAUAUACGUAAAGCCAUUACCACUAAUGAGAGCUGAUCCAGUCACUUGUCCCGAUGCGUUUUUUCCCUGCAAUCAAUUUGUUUUAGCAAUGUAUCCACAAACUACUUGUUUCUUCAAAGCUCUAGUGAAAGCUCCUCCUAAAACAAGUUAUGAUGGAUAUGAAGUUUUAUUUGAAGACGAUUUUAAUCAAUAUACCAUAAUGAUGGUUGUAUCCCAAAGAUUUGUUGUUUCAUAUCCAUCAUUAGAAAUUAUUCAUAAAGACGACGAGAUGAUGGUAGAAUAUUAAUUUUAUAUAACAUUACUCAUUAGCUUAUCAAUUUAACUAUUUUAAGAUCUUAUAGUGUUUUGUAUGGAUUUUUUAUUAAAACAAUUUUAUCUCAUCAGA